UCAUAAUGAGAGUGGCGAGAGUGGCGAGAGUGGCGAGAGUGGUGAGAGUGGUGAGAGUGGUGAGAGUGGUGAAGGUAGUAAGGGUAGUGAGUUUACAACUAAUUAUUUAGUAGUUUUACUGCUUGAAAGAUUUCAUGGAAAAAGCCCGAUGAAUCUCUUCUAGUUCCAUGGAAUUGGAAAGAAUUCCGAUGAAAAUCCGUAUCCGAUGAACGGGGUGCAACAAGCCUGUACGUAGCGGAAUAGGCCACUCCCAAAGGUCAGUGGGACACUAUUAGCAAUCAGCUCAUUUGCUCUUAUUUUUCAGUACGGCGUAGGGUUACACUAUUAAUUCCACGGCUAUAAGUAGCAGCUGUUGUCUUUUGAUCCCCCGCUGUACAGCUACAUCCUCACUUUGCUCUCACGCAUCACUUUUGUGAACCAAAUCUAAUUCAUUCCCAUUCCUCGAAACAUACCACGAAUACUUCCUCAUUCGAAAUGUACCUACCAAAGGUCACAGUGUUAUUCACCAUCGGUGCUGGUAUUGCAGUGGUUGCCGCGGCGAGUGGUCCCAGUGCUAGACAAGCUAUGUCUGUCCGCAACAACCAUACAGAGACCCCAGAUCCAGACGUCUGCUGCGGUGGUAACCAGCCUCCCCUAUACUGCUUCGACCAUGCGUGCGACGACAACGAAGAUUGUGCGGUGCUUGGGUGUGGGAACUGCAUAAUAUCGACUUUAAGAUGCGCCAAUUGAUGAUGACUUCUCCGAAAACAUAUGUCAUUCUCAGGUCAAGGAUACGUCACGAAGUAGUAAGUGGCUCGAAUUGCCAGGGAAUUUCGCUGUGUUGAAUCCUGGGUCUGGACGGUGGAACUUAUAGCUUAUUGGGGGCGGAUUGAAAUUCAAAAAUAACCAGUCUGACUAGUUGAUAUAUAUUGUUCAUGCA